AUGAUCAGCCCAAAAAGGCUUAUUGAACUGGCAAGGAAGUGGCAAAGAAUGGCUUCUGCGAAGCGUAGGAGAAUCAUGUAUCCAAGAAGUUUAGUUGCUGAUAAAGGCCAUUUUGUUGUGUAUACAACUGAUGAGAAAAGGUUCAUGGUUCCCUUGGAAUAUCUCAGCCAAAAUGUCUUCAUAGAGCUGUUGAGAAUGUCUGAAGAAGAGUUUGGUCUUCCAACUCAUGGAGCUAUCACAUUGCCUUGUGAUAGUACCCUCUUAAAGUAUGUCAUUUCAUUGGUCCGAGGACACAUGCCUGCAUAA